AUGGCAAAAGUGAUUAUUGUUACAGGGUCUAAUAAAGGUCUUGGAAGAGCAAUAAUCGAAAAAUUGAUCACCGAGACCCCUGAAUUCACCUCAAUAGUAAUGACAUCUAGAAGUGAAAGCCUUGGUCAGCAAGCCAAAGAGGAAAUCGAGCAGAAAUACGGUCCUCAAUCAAGACUUGUCUAUAGCUCGAGUACUUUUUAGCUUGGGGCUUCCGAUCUUUCCCAACGGGAAAGAGGGGAGUUGGCAAAUAAUUAAUAAUGGUUUGGCCAACUCUCCAAAUAGCAGAAAUCCUGCAUCACGUAGUUCUGUCACUUGAAGAACUUAUUAAGCCAGCAUUAGUUGGUUUAAUCUGCUCCUUUUUAUAUAGGGAAAGAUCAGGAAGCCAAACCAAAAUGAUGCUCUGGCUAUAUCAUCAGCUUGAUGUAACAGACGAGCUCAGCAUUAGAAGACUAACAGAUUUCGUUUACCAUACUUAUGGGAAAAUCUCAGUCUUUAUCAACAAUGCAGGCAUCGCUUUCAAAGGAAAUGACUUUGGACCUCAUGUGGUAGGACCCACAUUUGCAUGCAAUUUCUAUGGCUUAGUCAAUACAACAGAAGCAAUUUUACCGCUUAUGGCUGAUGACGGGCAUAUAAUUAAUGUAACAUCAAGAGCCGGAAAGGCACGGUGAAUUCCAGAUGAAGCCAUUCGAAAUAGAUUUUUAGACCCUAACCUCACACGUGAUGGAUUGUAUCAUUUGGCUGGAGAUUUUAUACAGAGCGUUAGAGAUGGCAACUGGACAGAAAAAGGAUGGCCUACUCAGGGUUAUGCAAUCAGUAAAAACUGCGCAAAUGCUUAUACAAGAAUUUUGGCAAGGGAAUUAAGAGAAAGCGGAUCAAGGGUGAGAGUAAAUGCUGUGUGUCCUGGAAUAUUGAGGACUGAUAUGGCUGGGCCAACAGCUCCUCUGUCUGCUGAAGAAGGGACUAUAACUCCAAUUUUGAUGGUAAGAUAUCAAGGAGAAGAAUCUGGGAGAUUUUGGUAUGAAGGAAGCAUUCAAGAAUGGGACUAA